AUGGAAGAUGCGAAAUUAAUUGAAAUCAAUGAAAAUGGUUUAAACAAAAGUGAAAAUCAUGAAGAAAAUGGUCGAAAAGAAUCCGAUGAUUCUUUGUUUAAUUUCGAAGACGAUGAUGAAGAUAAUAAACAUGAUGAUGAUAAUCAAUACAAAUGUUCAUUAUGUAAAUCUUUUUACAAUCAACCGAAAUUCUUAUCCUGUACACAUUCAUUUUGUUUACAAUGUUGUGAAAAACUCUUCGAAAACAAAGAUCAAAUCAAAUGUCCAACGUGUCAACAAAUCACCGAAUUGACUAAUUUAAAUCAAUUAAUUGAUAAUUAUGUUUUAAUCCGUGAAAUGGAAGAAUUCGCAUUAAAAAAUGGUUCGAUUGAAUGUCGUGCAUGUACAUCUAAUGACGUUGGUGUUGCACAUUGUUCAACAUGUUCAUCAUAUUUGUGCGCGAAAUGUUGUCAAGCUCAUCAGUAUAUGAAAUGUUUUGAACAACAUCAAGUGCGUCGAUUAUCUCAAAUCUCUACUGAUGAACAAAAUAGCACACGAAAAUGUUCGAUUCAUUCGAACAAUGAAGUGAAAUUUUUCUGUACAACAUGUUCAAUUCCAUUAUGUGAUCAAUGUUUAAUAUCACAUCCCUCACCUCAACAUGAUGUGCAUAAAAAUCAAUUCGAACAGAUCUAUGCAGAUUUUACCGACAAAUUCCAUCAAGUCGAUGAACAACGAUCGAAUGCUUUAGCACAGAGUGAUCAUCAAUUAACAUCACUACAACAGAUUUACGAGAAAACGAAAAGUCAAAUCGAUUUGGCAUAUGAACAAUAUCAACAGAUUCUCAAUCAAGUGUACAAUGAUUGUUUAUCAACAUUGAAUAAUCUCCAACGUGAAGAAGAAAUGCGUUUAAUCGAUGAAUUAGAAAGUCUUCAGAAAGGUUCGCAAUCAUUUGAUGAUAGUCGCUCGUUAUUUAAACGUUGUUUAUCGAAAUGUUCAUUAAAUGAAUUAGUGCAAUUGAAAACGAAAUUAUUCGAUGAGAAAAUUCAAUCAUUUCAAAAAUUAUUUCAAUCCGACAAAACCGAUGAAACAAAUUCCGAUAAAAUUAUUCAAUUUGUCAGUACACCAACACAAGAUUUUCAACAAAUUAUCAAACUUCAUUUUGGUCAAUUAAUUAAACCACAAUCGAAAACAAUUUCGUCACCAACGAAUCAUCAAUUGAAUCAACGAGGAUCGUUAUUAUCAUCAGUAAAUGGCGAUUCUGCUUCAUCAUCAUCAGGUGUUGGUAGUAUGGGUGUUGGACAAGUCUCUUCACGUGGAACAAUUUUAUCCAAUGGUGUUUCACCAUCAGGUGCAAAUCGUGAAGAUUAUUUUGGAAAUAAUU